AUGGGGCCAUCAACCAUGAGCCCGAACUGCAGACAUACAGUUCAAAUCAAGACGACGCUCACCGAACAUGUACCAUUUGGUAGAUAUGGUGUCCUAGGUUCGACCGUACAGCAGAUCACUAUCUUGCGCCAAGCCCACGAAGGGCCCAAACUCGCUAAGCUUCGUGUCCAGCUUGGGCGGAUGACGACAUUUAAAGUUCUCAUCUCCUUUAUUUCUAUCGCCGGCCCUCUAGGUGUGGGAUGGUUUUUUCUCGAUUCCCCCCUCUCAGACUUACUUCUACCCAAGCCUAAACUAGGCUUUGACCAAAUCAUUGAGAUGGCAUCCUCCGCCCUGAGUGGCUCCCAUAACAACUUUUAUGCAGACUACGUCAUCCAAUAUAACUAUGCCAAUACCGAACCGACAAAGGCGUCUGAGGAGCUAGAGCUGCUGCUCCGGAAACUAUGGGAGGUGGGAUUGCAGGCUGAGGUGAGACCGGGCGAGGACUCGAAUCUGCUUGUGUUCGUCCGGGCUUCGAGGAAAAAGAGCCUGCGGCGCGCCAUUUAUCAGUCUCGCAUACGCGAUUGGCUGCACGGCGUCCGUAACUCCGAACCCGAGGACGAGUCUUCCGCCGAACCGCAGACGGAAUCUGAGCGAUUACGCAUCAUCAACCAUAUGAUCACACUUCCACAUAACGUGGGUGGUGCCGGUAUUACCCCUAAGCAUGGACACUGGAAGAACGUGCUGGCGGUUUUCCCACUCCAUGACGAGGAGAAGAAUAGGGAGUACUUGGCGGAUUGGAGCAAGAAGACGUUUUUGUCGGAGGAAGAUUUAGAUCAGAUACGGGGUAAAUUCGGGGAGAGUGUGGGCUUCUACUUUGCGUUCCUGCAAUCCUACUUCAAAUUUCUGCUCUUUCCCGCAGUGUUCGGGUUCUCUUGUUGGUUGCUGCUUGGGUCAUUCUCUAUUAUCUACACCGUGGUUAACUGCCUGUGGGGCGUUAUCUUCAUUGAAUACUGGAAGCGGCAAGAGGAGGACCUCAGUUGCCGAUGGCAGACCAAAGGCGUGUCUGUUGUUCGCUCCAAGCGGCGGGAAUUCAAACCUGAGAGAGAGGUAUAUGACCAGGUUACAGGCGAGACAAGGGGAGUCUUCCCGGCGACUACUCGGCUGCAACGGCAGCUUCUCCAGGUCCCUUUCGCUUUGGUGGCAUUGGUGGCUUUGGGGGCAAUUAUCGCAACUUGCUUCGCUAUCGAAAUAUUCAUCUCGGAAGUCUACACUGGGCCGCUGAAGUCAUACUUGGUCUUUAUCCCGACUAUUCUGCUCUCAGCUCUUAUCCCGACCAUGAGUGGAGUGCUUGUUUCGAUAGCAACAAAACUCAACGACUACGAAAAUUACGAAACACAGACUGCCUACGAUACAGCGUUGACGCAGAAAAUCUUUGUUAUUAACUUCAUCACCUCGUAUUUUCCGAUUCUAUUAACUGCCUUUGUCUAUAUCCCGUUUGCCAGCUUGAUAGUCCCUCAUCUCGACGUCUUCCACUUGACCGUUCGGCCGUUUGUGUCGAAGGAAAAAGCAACCACUGCGCACGAAAACUUCACUAUCAACCCUGAUAGACUGCGGAAGCAGGUCAUCUACUUUACCGUCACCGCCCAGGUGGUCGGUUUUGCGAUGGAGACCAUUGUGCCAUUCUUGAAGCAGCGGUUCGCUCGCGAAUACAAGGAGUACAAGAAGAAGAAGUACGGACGUGUAAACUCUGGUUUAGUGAGCGAGACGCAAAAGGAAACACAACACUCGUACGAUGACCAUGAGGACGAGGUACAAUUCCUCACGCGCGUCCGCAAAGAGGCCGACCUCGAUGACUAUAACGUUACCGACGACUUGCGAGAAAUGUGCAUUCAGUUCGGCUACUUAGCUCUGUUCUCACCUGUUUGGCCACUGGUUCCGGUUUCCUUCCUAGUCAACAACUGGGUGGAGCUCCGGUCCGACUUUUUUAAGAUCAUCGUCGAGUGCAAGAGACCUACUCCCAUACGCGUGGACACAAUUGGACCCUGGCUGGACACCCUAGGCUUUCUCUCCUGGGUAGGAAGCAUAACAAGCGCGGCGCUGGUGUACAUGUUCAACACAAGCACCAACGGUCCAAACGGCGAGCCGUCAGCAAUAAAAGGAUGGGCGCUCCUGCUAACCAUAUUUUUCGCGGAGCACCUUUACCUGAUUGUUCGCUAUGUCGUCCAAGCAACGAUCGCCAAGUUUGAGCCGCACAAUGUCCGCCGCGAGAAGACGGAACAGUACAUGAUCCGCAAGCGAUACCUGGAGGCCACUCUAGGGGCGCGCAGCAGCGAUGAGGAAGAGGAGGUUACGGCGAAGGAUGAGUCCAUGGAGCUGUCCGACCUAACGCGUAAGUCGCUCGAAGAUGACACGCGGGCUUGGUCGAAGCAUAAUACGGUUGCUGAGGAGCGGUUCUGGAUGCGGCAGAAGGGUUGGCGGGAGUCUGCCCAGGUGGCAGCUUCAAUUAUUGAAAGCCAGGCGAAACCGGAUAUGAAGAAGCAGCAAUAGUGUAUGCAGAGUACGCGUUUGUCAACUCCCUGAUUGGAUCAAAGGGCGUUCGUUGUUUAUACUCGAGACUGUGGGAGAGUUAUUUUUAUGUCUUGUGCAUAUUGAUAGGCCA